AUGAACGAACCAACCCUAACACUACAAAUCCCCUUCAUCCUCCUCGGCCGCAAAGACCUCGAGCUCUGGGGCCCUGAAGACCAACACACCCGCCCACUCCGCACCGUCUACGACGCUCUCGUGCAGUUCUGCCCUGACGUACCAGUGCGAUCAUGGGCCCCCGACGACACCUUCUCAGCAGAACCGCAUAGCACCACCGAUAACGACUCGCCGACGGACUCAGAGCGCGCGAGGACCCACGAAAAGCACCUCGCCGACUGGUCGACGCUCGAAAACGGGAGUGCAUGGGUUCUGCGUCGCGCUCCCACCACGACGAAUCUCGACCACGAACCACGGGGCGUGAAUAUCGGCGUCCUACCCGGCUGGCGCGAUGGCGAUGCGAGGCUCGAUUUCGACGAGAAGGCGCGUCUGGGUGGGAAGGUCUGGUCGUGUGCGCUUCUCCUGCAGCGCUUCAACAUCCCGCUUCACACCUCCACAGCCACAUUCCGCGCCUUCGCAACACAGACGCAGAAGCUGUGUUCUGCGCUACACGUCCUGGGGACGUGGUCUGGGCCUGCACCGCGAGGAAGCGGGGCGUGUAGAUGGUUCAGCGUGGUCACGACGUCGACGUGCUGGAUGAAUGUUUCUGCAGUAUCUCGCGGGGUGGAAACAGCGCGGUCCCGUCAGCAUUAUCGAGACGUACACGCAAAUCCAGGCUUCGAGAUAACUGUACUGAGGAAACUGCUCGUUGUGCUCGCGGCAUUCGAGGCACCGCUUGCUAUGCUGUCGACGCCCACUGCGCAGCUUGCGUUCUGGCCCCUGAGCCGCUUCCUCGAGUACCGCCGCAUCCGCGCGCUGGGCCGUGAGAAAGCGGGGCUGUGGAGGGGGCUGGCAGGGAGGAAGCAUCUCACUGACUGCCGGAGAGAUGACAUGCACCGGCAAGACAAAUCCGCGUGGGUAGGCGACUUAGGUGCGGCGGAGGAGGCGAGUCUGCGGACAAGAGGGCGGGAGAGAACGGCGUGGGAUGUGAUUGUCGAUGCGGAUGGUAUGCAAAUCGAGCAGUUGGUCGGCGAGAUGACGAGGUUUGAGGAUAGGGGGAGGAGGCUGGGCGUAGGUUUCUGGUCGGCGACGAGGGAGCGCACAGUGUCGAGUAUCUCGUUCGCUUCACGUCAGAGUACGUUAGAUUUUGAGGAGAUUGUCGCGUAUACGUCGCUCAUCGCGGCGAUGCUAUUUCUCGCGCAUACAGUGUCGUGCGACGAGCUGAUCGCCAGGAUAGAAAGGUUUCACGCUCGGGGGUGCGCGCCGCUGGACGGGUUGGGAGAUUUACUCUCGGCUGUGCUGGAGGUGCCGGAGAGUGCAAAGUCGUUCUGGAUGGAAUAUUUGAGCCCAUACUACACUGCGAGUUCGGCGGUAAUGAAUCCAAAGAAUCCUCCUGUUAACCCCGCUCAACGUCCCUUGCGCAACGACCCCUUUGCUCCCCUUGAGUCUUACAUCCACACUACGCUUGCCAACGAACUCGAAUAUAUGCCAACGUUUAUACACCGGUACGCUCGCGCUGGCGGUUUCGCGCCUACCCCUGGUAUAAAAGCCUAUUGUCUGUUGCUCGCGGAGGAGCGAGCACGGGAGCGUAAAGACGGGAGAAAUAGGAGGGCGAAAGGGUGCCUGGGUGAUGUGAAGGAGGCAAGAGUGCGGGAUGCCGCGGGGUGUAUUUUGCCAACUGAAGAGAGUGAGGAGGAGAGACGGGACAGGGUGGGAAAGGAGAAGGACAGUGGUGAGGAAGUAAGAAGAUGGGUCGUAGAGCAAGGCUCGCAAGGAGUGUUGUUGUAA